UUUGAGAGAAUCCAUGAAUAACUUGAUUGACAUUUAAUAAUAAAGAAAAACAAGACACAAGUUUUUGAGUCUUUUUCCUUUCAUGCAUGUAUAAAAAAUCUAAACCACAAAAUGAAAGAAAAAAUAUAUUAUAUUUAACUUUAUUAUAUAUAUAUCUACCCUAUAUGGAUCCACUAUAAAUAACCGAAAGUCGCAACCAUUUAGUAUCACUUUUGUACCAAGAAAAGAAAACGCCUCUAAACUAUUCAUCAAUACUCUCUAAUAAGAUGAGGUCCCUAAAAAUCAUAUCCUCAAUAGUAUUCUUCUUAGUUGGGACAAUAAUAAUGAGUAGUACCACUAGUACUACUGCUUCGAAACCACCAGCGAGUAAAAAGCACUACUCUUCUCCUUACCACAAUGACUUCGUGGAUACCCACAACGCCAUCCGCGCAGAGGUGGGAGUCGGGCCUAUGAGUUGGAACGAGACCAUAGCAGCUUACGCACGCAACUACGCCAACAACAGAGUAAAAAACAACUGUAAGUUUGAGCACUCGGGUGGACCUUACGGAGAGAACUUGGCCGAAGGUUAUGGGGAAAUGAGUGGGCAGCAGGCUGUCAAGUAUUGGGCCACAGAGAAGCCCAAUUACGACUACGGCUCCAACUCGUGCGUGGGUGGCGAGUGCGGCCACUACACUCAGAUAGUGUGGCGCAACUCCAUUCACCUUGGCUGUGCUAGAGCUAAUUGCGGCAGUGGCUUGAUUUUCGUUAUUUGUAGCUAUGAUCCUCCGGGCAAUUAUAUUGGGGAGCGACCCUAUUAAUAAAUUUACUAAUAUUUUAUUUACUAUAUAAUGGAUAUGUGCCAUAUAAAUGUAUGUUAUUGUAUGGUCUAAUUUGUGGAAAUUAUAUAAAAGAACUAAUUUCUGGUUAAA